CUUGACCAUUCUAGAGCUAUAUAAGCGAGGUGCACACUGUGUUAAGUAAUCUUGAUCUACAAAGGAAGGGACGCAUCCAUCUCUGGAUCAGGAUAAGAUUUUUACAUAAACGGUGGUCAAAGAGUCAGACAUGGCUGUUAAAGAAGAUUUAGAAGAUCCCCCAAAGAAUAAAUACAUUUCUGAUGACCCACACCAGAAUGGAUAUGAUAACCCUGCUUUUGAGCCUGACAAAAACCAAAAUGGAACUGUGGAGCGUUGUGAAAACACUGACAUAAAGGACAAAGAGAAGAAAUCCAUGGUUGGGAUGGUUCAACUGCUGGCUUUUGCUGAUACGUGGGAUAUUAUUCUAAUAGUCAUUGGCCUUCUCUGUGCGUUGGCUUGUGGAACGGGGCUGCCAAUCAUGAUAAUAGUAUUUGGACAAAUGACAGAUGCCUUUGUUCAGAGUGGUAAGUAUCACAUUUUUAUUACUAUCAUAAUUUUAAAAUGUGCAAAUACCACCAACCAAACUGAUUGUGCCUUUAGCGGGUCUAUAGACAUUGAAGCAGAAAUGACAAAGUAUUCUUACUACUAUGUUGCCAUUGGAUGUGCUGUGUUUGUCUUAUCCCUCAUUCAAGUCUGGACAUUUUUAUUAGCUGCCACAAGACAAUCACACAGGAUUCGCCAAAAGUUCUUCAAGGCUGUGCUUCAUCAGGAGAUGGCUUGGUUUGAUUCAAAUCAGAUCGGAACGCUGAACACUAGACUGACAGAGGAUAUCAACACCAUCCACGAGGGACUUGGAGACAAGAUCUGCAUAUUUGCCCAAUAUUUAUCUACCUUUAUAGCUGGAAUCGUUAUAGGAUUUAUAAAUGGCUGGAAGCUGACACUGGUAAUUUUGUCAGUGAGUCCUCUACUUGCAGCAUCUGCAAUGGUGUGGUCCAAGCUUCUUGCAACAUUUACAACAAAAGAAUUAUCAGCAUAUGCAAAAGCUGGUGCUGUGGCAGAGGAAAUUCUCACCGCAAUACGGACUGUGGUCGCCUUCAAUGGACAAGAAAAGGCAUUGGCUAAGUACAAUGCCAAUCUAGAAGAUGCCAAAAGGGUUGGCAUUAAGAAAUCAAUAACAACAAAUAUAUCAAUGGGAGUCUCACAGUUUUUCAUCUUUGGUGCUUAUGCACUGGCUUUUUGGUAUGGCACAAAACUGACCUUGGAUGAAAAGGACACUUAUUCUAUUGGCAAAGUCUUAAUCGUAUUUUUCUCUGUUCUAAUUGGUACCUUUUCUCUUGGCCAAGCAGCGCCAAAUCUCGAAAGCAUUGCUAAUGCUCGUGGUGCUGCCUAUGAAGUGUUUAAAAUUAUCAAUCAGCAUCGUCCAAUAGACAGUAGUUCCGAAGAAGGUUAUAAGCUAGAAAGACUGGUUGGAUCGAUUGAAUUUAAAAAUAUACAUUUUUCCUAUCCAACUAGACCAGAUAUCCCGAUUCUAAAAGGUCUGAAUCUUAAGGUGGAAGCUGGAAAGACCAUCGCUCUUGUUGGAUCCAGUGGCUGUGGAAAAAGUACAACAAUUCAGUUAUUGCAAAGAUUCUAUGAUCCACUUGUAGGAGAGGUUACUGUGGACGGCCAUGACAUCAGAACACUCAACGUGAAAUGGUUAAGAGAGAACAUAGGCGUGGUAAGCCAGGAGCCUAUAUUGUUUGGAACAACAAUCAAAGAAAAUAUCCGUUACGGAAGAGAAGAUGUCACGGAUGAUGAAAUUGAAAAAGCAUCAAAAGAAGCAAAUGCCUAUGAUUUUAUAUCGAAAUUACCAGAUACUUUUGACACAAUGGUAGGUGAAAGAGGAGCCCAACUUAGUGGGGGACAGAAGCAGAGAAUAGCUAUAGCGCGUGCGCUUGUUCGGAACCCAAAGAUUCUUCUACUCGAUGAAGCAACAUCUGCUCUAGAUACACAAAGUGAAUCUAUUGUCCAAGCAGCCCUUGAUAAGGCUAGAUCUGGCCGCACCACUAUUGUAAUAGCUCACCGCCUGUCCACCAUAAGGACAGCUGAUGUCAUCGCUGGGUUCUAUAAUGGAGUUGUAGUGGAACAAGGAUCACACAAUGAUCUUAUGAACAAGCAAGGAGUUUACUAUUCCCUAGUAAUGCUGCAGAAUCAUGGAGAAAAUAAAGAGGAUGAGGAGAAUGAAGAGGAUGGUGAUGAGGAGGAGGAGGAUGGAGAAGAAUUUGAUUAUGAUGAUGACAAAGUCAAUAUUUUGCAAGAAAUUGUCCCAGAUGUACCUGAAUUUACAGUUGAGACGAUAAGAAACAACAGUUUGCGUGGACAAUCUAUCAAAAGAAAAAGCAAAAGGUCUUCAAAAAAGAAAUCAAAGUCCAAAGCUCGUACAGCUAAACCAAAAGAGGUUGAAGAAGAUAUACCCGAUGUACCUCUCAGUAGAAUCUUUGCCUUGAAUUCCCCAGAGGCAUUCUAUAUUAUCAUCGGUGUUAUAGCUGCAGCUGUAUGUGGUGGCAUCUACCCAACAUUUGCUGUGAUUUUUGGAAAAGUCAUUGGGGCUUUUAGUGAAAAUGAUCUGGACAAAAGAAGUCAAAAAACCAUAUUAUUAUCCCUAAUGUUUUUUGUACUGGGAGUGAUCAGUCUUAUAGUAUAUGUUGUCAUGGGUUUCGCUUUUGGAAUAUCUGGGGAAAAUCUAACCAUGAGGUUGAGAUCUAUGUCAUUUAAGGCCCUUCUGAGACAGGAGAUUGGAUUCUUUGACGAUCAUGCUAAUGCAGUUGGUGUUUUACUUACAAGACUUGCCACAGAUGCAUCUCAAGUUAAAGGGGCGACAGGCAGCCGCUUGGGAUUGAUCACUAUGACAAUUUGCACUCUGCUAGCAGCCAUUAUAAUUGCAUUUGUGCACGGCUGGCAAUUGACACUUCUUAUUCUGGCCUGCAUACCAUUUUUGAUCGGUGCAAACUUUAUUAGAAUGAAGUCCAUGGCUGGCCAUGCAUCAAAGGAUCAAAAAUCUUUAGAAGAAGCCGGAAGAAUUUCUACUGAAGCAGUGGAAAAUAUAAGAACAGUUGUAUCACUUACCAGAGAAGAUGCAUUUUAUGAAAAAUACGAUGCAAGUUUAGAAGGACCCUACAGAGAUGCUUUGUCGAAGGCUCUCAUCUAUGGAAUUACGUAUGGGAUCUCUCAGUCAAUUAACUUCUUUGUAAACGCAGCAGUAUUUCGGUUUGGGGCUUGGCUGAUCGCUCACUGCUACAUGGGAUUUGAGAAUGUGUUCAUAGUGUUCUCUGCAGUUAUUUUUGCUGCUAUGAACGUGGGGCAGUCUACCUCUCUAGCUCCUGAUUUUGGAAAAGCAAGAGUAAGCGCCAAGCGUAUUAUGAAGCUUUUGGACAGAACGCCACAAAUUGACAGCUACAGCGAGGAUGGCGAUAUUUUGAGCACAUUUGAAGGAAAUCUUGAAUUCAAGGAUGUUAGAUUUGUGUAUCCUACAAGACCAAAGGUUACAGUGCUUCAAGGUCUAAAUGUGAAAGUUUCCAAAGGACAGACGUUGGCGUUGGUUGGUAGUAGUGGCUGCGGAAAGAGUACAUCGGUUCAGCUAUUGGAGCGAUUUUACGACCCACUGGCGGGGCAAGUGUUUGCAGAUGGCAUAGACACUAAAUUGUUGAAUUUGAAGUGGCUGAGAUCCCAAAUGGGAAUUGUAUCACAGGAACCCAUGCUUUUUGACUGCAGCAUUGCAGAAAAUAUUCAGUAUGGAAGCACCAGAGGAAACGUGACUCAGGAAGAAAUUGAAAAUGCUGCAAAAGCGGCAAACAUCCAUACAUUCAUUGAAAAUUUACCUAAUAAAUAUAACACACGGGUUGGAGAUAAGGGUGCUCAGCUUUCAGGAGGACAGAAGCAAAGAAUUGCAAUUGCACGUGCACUGGUUCGACAACCAAAAGUUUUGCUCCUCGACGAAGCAACAUCUGCCCUCGACACAGAAAGUGAAAAGGUAGUUCAGAAAGCUCUGGAUUUUGCUAGACAGGGCAGAACAUGUGUUGUUAUUGCCCAUCGACUUACAACAAUCCAGAACGCGGACAUCAUUGCAGUAAUACAGAACGGAAGAGUGAUUGAACAAGGGACUCACGGCCAGCUGUUGGCAAAACAAGGGGCAUAUUAUGCUCUUGUAAAUUCACAAGUUUCAAAUUGAAACAUUUUUUUCACCACAAGUAACCAUCUCCCCUGAUUCAGCUGCAAAGCUUCAUGUGAGAUUUCAGCAAGGCUGGCAGCGGGCGAAUCAUGGUCACAACUACUGCUCCUUGGACAUCAUCUAAAAUGGUCCUGCUCAGCCUCAGAAGAACCACCAUUAGGAUGG